AUGGUGUGUGUUGUGGCCGGAGCCGUCAUCAUUGCGUCGGAGUGGAGUUGCCGUAGCAGCCCUGAUGGGGCGCAGGAGGAGGGUGGCAAUGGAGAGGGGCUGGGUGAUGGGGCAGACCGUGGACUGGACGGGGACCCUGAGGGAGUGUGGAGUCCAGACAUUGAGCAGAGCUUUCAGGAAGCUCUGGCCAUCUACCCUCCCUGCGGCAGGAGGAAGAUCAUACUUUCAGACGAGGGGAAGAUGUAUGGUCGAAAUGAGCUGAUAGCUCGCUACAUCAAGCUACGAACAGGGAAGACGCGCACACGCAAGCAGGUGUCUAGUCACAUUCAGGUUCUGGCACGCAAGAGGGUACGAGAAUACCAGGCAAGCAUUAAGGUCUCUAGUCACCUGCAAGUCUUGGCCAAGAGAAAGUCUCGUGAGAUUCAGUCUAAGCUCAAGGCCAUGAAUUUGGACCAGGUAUCCAAAGACAAGGCACUGCAGACAGUAGCCAACCUCUCAUCAGCUCAGAUUGUGUCUGCGAGUGUAAUGAAACCCCAGACUCCCUUCCCUUCACCAGUCAGAUUUUGGCCCGGCCCUAUGCCAGGACAGCCUGGACAUUCUCAGGACAUUAAGCCCUUUGCACAGCCACCAUACACUACACUACCAGCCCCUGUCCCUGCACCUAUCAGUUAUGAGCCCCUGCCACCCCCUCGCCCUGCAGCUAUAGCAGCUCCUGUAUGGCAAGACAGAACCAUCGCCUCAGCAAAACUACGGCUACUGGAAUACUCUGCUUUUAUGGAGACCCAGAGAGACAGAGAGACGUAUAAACACCUUUUUGUACACAUUGGCCCAUCAAACCCGAGCUACAAUGACCCUGUAUUGGAGUCCAUAGACGUGAGGCAGAUUUACGACAAGUUCUCUGAGAAGAAGGGAGGCCUGAAGGAGCUGUAUGAAAAAGGGCCACACAACGCAUUCUUCCUCGUCAAGUUCUGGGCGGACCUGAGCAGUGACAUCGAGGAGGGUUCUGGUGCGUUCUACGGUGUGAGCAGCCAGUACAGUGGAACAGAAAACAUCACUAUCAGUGUCUCAACAAAGGUCUGCUCCUUUGGUAAGCAGGUGGUGGAGAAGGUUGAGACAGAAUAUGCACAUAUGGAAGGAGGAAAGUACGUGUUCCGCAUCCAUCGUUCGCCCAUGUGUGAAUACAUGAUCAACUUCAUCCACAAACUCAAACACCUGCCAGAGAAAUACAUGAUGAACAGUGUACUAGAGAACUUCACCAUCCUACAGGUGGUGUCCAACAGAGAAACUCAGGAGACUCUGCUGUGCAUCGCCUUUGUGUUUGAAGUGUCCACUAGCGAACAUGGAGCACAGUACCAUGUUUAUCGACUAGUGAAUGACUAGCAGCACGCUGAGUGCAUGCAGAGACUCUCCACAGACUUUUUGAUACAUAGAGCAUAAACACUAUUUCCAGCUCAAGCACAGAGAAACCCCACUCCUUCUCUCUAAACACACCCUUGUUUUAACAGACCAACAGUCGCACUGUAGUCACACCUUUUGACUGAUGUGCAUGCAUUUCCAUCACUGCAGACUAGGCCCACAUCUCCUCUACAACAUCCCGUGACUCAAACACUAAAGUGUUUUGUAGAUUUCAACCAAAACGUAGUAUCAUUCUUAGCAUUGUUGUCAUCAAGUGUUGUGACGUUAUUCAGUCACAGAAAUGUCUGUCCUUGUGAAACUGUGCACAUCUCUCAGUGUCAGGCUCCAAAUAUCCCAGUUAUUUUGAUUAGCCUUUUUUCAUGAGAAAUGUAAUUUUACUGACAGACAUAUGCUAAAAAUGUAAAAAAAAAAAAAAAAGAGACCAGUUAAAGGGCUAACUGCAUUAUAUCAAGUUAAAUAUGGGAUAUUCUUCCAGGGAAAAUUUUCACGCGCAUUAAUUUACGUCAUAGGUGUGACUGAUGUGAGACGAGUUUGAAUAUAGGUUGGCAAACAAAUCAUUUAAUCAGUGUUAAUGUAACUCUGCCACAAUGACUGUUUCUUCUGCUGUUUGUUUUGUCUCUGUAAGGUAGGAAUUGAAUGAGCCUAUAAUGGUGUAUGUUCUGUCACUGCUUAAAGUGGAGUUGUGAUCUUCAGUUUGUUUAAUCAAAACUCUUAAGGAUCAUGUCGCAAAGUACGAGUGUAUAAUGCACUACAUGUAAAGACGUACAAGCCGUAUUUAUAUUUGAAACACCGUGUCGAAGUGUAAAGAGAGCCGUCACUUUAAUUGUUUUUGCUGUUUAAAGGUUUCCGGUGGUACAUGGUGUGGAGGGAAAGAUGUUGAUCAAAUCUCAAGGAGGUGUUUAAAACGAUGGGCUCAAUUGUCUUUGGAAACAACAAAAUAGUUCACCGACAGUUUCAGAUUCAGUUCACACGUGGGUGUCAGCAGCAUUUCGAAUAAAAGAAUUACCUUUACUGUUCUUCGACACGAUACUGUUUUUACUCUGACUGUGUGGGCUUGCUGCAGUAUUUCUACCUCCACAUGAGUUGGGAUGAGAAUGUGCUUUGGUUCAUAAAGCCUUAACCUGAAGAGCACUGAUGUAUAGGACAUGUACACUACACUUGUAAUGGUACUAUUUUUAUAAGCCAAAACAAGGUAAAUAGUUUCGUUUUUGUAAAGAUGAACUAUCGUUUUUGUAUUUUACCAGCACAGCUAGAAGUGUUACACUAAACAUCAUAAAUGAUGGGUGUUUCUUUUCUUUUUUUCUUUUUUGAUGUAUACAAAAUGAUGUAUGGUACAGAUCACACUAAGGUCACCCAGAGUGCCCUGGGGUAGAUUUUUGCCUGAUAACACUAACAAACUAUCCAACUGACACUUGCUUUUUUCUUUUAUUCUGUGUAAUGUUUUCGAUUUUUGGCACACGUGGCUACUAGCUUUUUUUUCCUUUUUCUUUUUAAUAGUAAAUCUGAUUUGACGCUAUCAUGCCCUCUCCUGGCAGGAUCAUUUUUAACCAUGUGGAAGGCAACAUUGAUUUGUCUUUUGUCUUUGUAUCAAGAAAGUAAGAGCCGACUGGUUCAGUUUUAAAUAAGACCUUCAUAUAAUAUUCACCGUAUGGUCAGCCAAAAGUGUUUUGUUUUAUUAUUUCUUUCCUGUCUGUGUACUCUGGUUGGCUGUGCCUCACUCCUUUUGGUCACGUCUGCUCAAUGAGUUAAAUCUGCCAUUAUGCUGUACCAAUAAAAUCAUAAGGUGUUUGCA